AAACCGAAAAACGCUAAGAAGCUUAGGGUUUCUCAGCGAAGGGGGAGCGGCGACGAGGGCGGAGCCAAAUACGAUUCAUCGGUGGAGGAGAAAGAAUGGCGAUUGCGGAUUUUGGGCAGUUGAAUAUGGAGGAGCCACCUCCGUUCUGGGGAUCUCGUGGCGUCGAUUGCUUCGAGAAGCUUGAACAGGUCGGCGAAGGCACUUACGGCCAAGUUUACAUGGCUAGAGAGAUUAAAACUGGCGAGAUCGUGGCUCUUAAGAAGAUCCGUAUGGACAAUGAAAGAGAAGGGUUUCCCAUCACAGCCAUCCGGGAGAUCAAAAUUCUGAAUAAGCUGGAUCAUCCAAACGUCAUUCAUUUGAAAGAGAUUGUUACUUCGCCUGGUAACAAGCAACCCAACCUCAAACUAAGUUUGAUAUUUGAUUCUUAUGUCUUUUUUUUUGUUUGCUUUACUGAAGGUCGAGAUAGAGACGAUCAAGGAAAGCCAGAUAAUAACAAAUACAAGGGCGGAAUCUACAUGGUCUUUGAGUACAUGGAUCAUGACUUGACUGGACUCUCUGAUCGUUCUACACAGGGAUUUACUGUUCCUCAAAUCAAGUGUUACAUGAAGCAACUGCUCACCGGGCUUCACUACUGUCAUAUUAAAAAAGUUCUUCAUCGUGAUAUUAAAGGUUCCAACCUCCUUAUUGACAACGAGGGUAACUUAAAGCUUGCGGAUUUUGGGCUUGCACGCUCCUAUUCUCAUGAUCAUGAUGGAAAUCUUACAAACCGUGUCAUCACUUUGUGGUAUAGGCCCCCUGAGUUGUUACUCGGUGCUACAAAAUAUGGACCAGCUAUUGACAUGUGGUCAGUUGGUUGCAUAUUUGCUGAGCUUUUGAAUGGGAAACCAAUCUUGCCUGGCAAAACCGAGACUGAACAAUUGACUAAGAUUUAUGAACUUUGUGGAUCACCUGACGAAAACAACUGGCCUGGUGUUUCGAAGAUGCCUUGGUUUGACCAACUGAAAUCACCUCGGCCCUUGAGAAGACGUUUAAGGGAGAUCUACCGAAACUUUGACCGCCAUGCCCUUGAACUACUGGAAAGAAUGUUGGUGCUUGACCCGUCUCAGAGAAUAUCUGCAAAGGAUGCUCUUGAUGCAGACUACUUUUGGACGGAUCCGUUGCCGUGUGAUCCAAAGAGUCUACCCAAAUAUGAAUCAUCACAUGAGUUCCAGACAAAGAAAAGGCGGCAAGAGAUGCGUCAUAACGAGGAAGCAGCCAAAAAGCAGAAAAUGCAGCAUCCACAGCAGCACUCUCGUUGGCCUGCACAGCAACAUGGUGUUGGUCAGACUCAUGCCGCUCCACACUGGCCUGCCGGACCUAACCACCCUAUUAACAACGGACCACCACCUCAGAUACCUGCUGGUGGACCUAGUGGUCAUCACUACUAUCAAAAUCCCCGUGGUCCCGCACCUGGUUCAAACGGGUACCAUACUAGCGGAAACCAAACUGGAGGGUAUAAUAACCGGAGCCGUGGAGGUUACAGCAGCGGUUCAUUUCCUUCACAAGGUCGAGGUGCACCAUAUGGCGCCGGUCCUAGCGGUGGCUAUGGUGUUAGACCGCCUAACUACUCACAAAGUGGUGGUCAGUAUGGUGGCUCUGGAAGAGGACAGAAUCCAAUGGGUGGUGCUAGAAACCAACGAUAUGGAGGAUGGCAAUAGUAAGCAAAGAGAGAGAGAGAGCUCAAAGACUGUCUUGUCAUAUGGUGUGGUCUUGGCUCGAUGUCUCAAAGGCAGUUGUGAUAUUAGUUAUGAAAACUUUUUUUAUCGAGAAACAAAGUCUAUUUACUGAAGCGCUGCUACUCUCUUAGACCUGAUUCAUCUUUCUGCUCAUCACACCCAUUUGUAUAGCUUACAGCAUGAUUGGUCCACAGCACCCAUUGUCAAACAAUUAUGGUGCCCAAGGUGAUGACUCUAUCUAUAGCCAGUUAUGUUGUUUUUUUUGCUUCUCCGGAUUUUUGGUCCUGUCCAGAAUGAUUAUGUAUCAACUUCUUAGUCUUA